AUGCCUGCCGACGUCGAUAUGAAAAAAGACGAAGAAGAGAAGCCAAAACCACCACCAACACCACUCCAAGAAAUCAAAGCGAAUGUUGGGCUUAUAGAGCGUGCAGUGUCUAGUAUCGAGCCGCGAUUCGCGCAUAGAGCGUUGAGGACGAUGGCUGCGCUUAGGAAGAGGCUGGAUGAUACCGUUCUCAGGAAUGCUGUCGAGGACGUCUAUCCCAAAGAGUCACUCGCCAAAGAGUCUUUACUAUCAUGGCUACCUGCAGCAUCAUCGCAAGCAACAACUACGACCGAAGCGAUGGAGGUUGACGCGACCAAGACCGACGCUUCAGCUCAAACAGCGGAGCCCAUACCUGAAGUCGAUAUUUACCUCCGUCUACUCAUGAUGCACUUCUUCACUGCAACAUCUGAAACGCACAGGAAGGCAUUGGAGCUCGGGCACCAAACUGUUGAGAAAAUGCAAGCACUGAAUCGGAGAAGUAUGGACCCCAUUGCUGCCAAAGUUUGGUACGCUUUAGAACGGACAUAUGAGGUCGCGGCAGAGUUAGCUGACGCACGACCGUUGUUCCUCGCUGCCCAACGAACAGCAGCGCUUCGACGCGAUGACGAGACACAGGCGUCCUUGAUCAAUCGUCUCCUUCGCAGCUAUUUGCAAUAUAGUUUAUACGACCAGGCAGACAAACUCAUCUCGAAGACAACAUUCCCAGCUACUGCGGGCAAUCCUCAAUUUGCGCGAUAUCAUUAUUACCUCGGUCGCAUUAAAGCAGUACAACUCAACUACAGUGACGCUCACGCGAAUCUACAACAGGCUAUUCGUCGCGCGCCGACAGCAAAGCUUGCGCCAGGAUUUUACCAGGCUGUCCACAAGCUUUUUGUCGUGGUCGAGUUGCUCAUGGGCGACAUUCCCGACCGCAGUCUCUUCCGCCAUCCGGUGCUUGAGAAGGCAUUGACUGCCUACUUCGAAAUUGUCAAGGCGGUCCGCACUGGCUCCCUCUCGCAGUUCCAGACUACACUUGCAAAACACGCCAGCCAGUUUGAGGCCGACAAGACGAUCACGUUGAUCGUUAGGCUGCGGCAAAACGUGAUUAAGACGGGCAUUCGCCGCCUGUCUCUGUCAUAUUCACGCAUUUCGCUGCGCGAUAUUUGUGUCAAACUGCAUCUGGACUCGGAAGAAGAUGCCGAGUACAUCGUGGGCAAGGCGAUUCGUGAUGGUGUCAUCGAGGGCCGGAUCGUUCAUUCUCAAGGGUGGAUGGAGUGCGGUAGUCAGAAGAGCGGAUAUGGGCCGGAGGUCGCAGACGUCUUUUCGAGACGUAUCGGCUACUGUCUCGAACUGCACAAUCAGAGCGUAAAGGCAAUGCGUUUCCCGCUCAACGCCCAUCGGAAAGAGCUUGCUGCCGCUGAAGGUGCACGUGAGCGGGAGAAGGAGCUUGCGAAGGAGAUCCAAGAAGGUGAGCUAGACGAAGAAGACAUGGGCGACGGAUUUUGA